AUGAACCAGACAUUGGAAACGUUGGAGGUUGAUUGGAUGACGAAUGAUUCCACUUCGGAUAUUAACGAUGACUGGAUUUCUUGGAGAGACAGUUUUCUCACAAUCGCAAAUGAUCAUAUUCCUGAGAAAACCAUCAACGGUAGAAAUAAUCCACAAUGGCUUACCGGUGAAAUAUUGAAUGUGUUAAAAAGGAAGGAAACGUUGCGCCGAAAACUGCGACGCGCCAUCAGAUCGUAA